GUGGACGUCGGUGUCGGCGUCGGCACCCUCCUCAGCAGCUACUGCCCCGAAGACGGCAUCGCCCCUACCUCCAAGCCUCCCGUUGUCAUCGACAAGGCCUGCACUGCAUGGGGCAAGACCGUCGACGCAGCAUUCAACCCCAUCGGGUACGUCGUUGUUUCUCAAUGCGCUCAUCUCACAUGUUCUGACAUCUCGUCCAUCGGACUCGCGUUCCUGGGCAUCAAGGACGGCUCGUUCAACAUGGGUUGGGAUGGCGUAUUGAUUGGGAAAUGGCGAGGUGGUCACCUCGCCACCUGGGACGACGAUAUGUCGCCCGACAUCUCCUUCGUCAACGGCACGACCAACAGCGACAUCGAUAUCCUUGAUACCGGGGGUACGCCUGACCCCGGAGCGCCAAAGUCAACGGCGCGGACUUCGGACGUACACACCGGCACCAAGGAUAUCAAGCCCGCACCCUGCAUCAUCUGCUCUUCUCUCCGCGACGCACCUAUCGCCACCGUCGACCGCCAGGCCACCAUGGUCGCAUCCGACCUGGAGGCCGAGUACAAGUCGGUGCCUCUCGUGGACUCCGAGUCGGUCGAGGCGGACUCGCCCCCCACCGAAGCGGAGAAGCUGAUCGCGCUCUUCUACGCGUUCGCCAUCCCAUUCUGGACUGUCUUCAUCUGGCUCAAGGUUGACACGAAGCGUCACGCUCUCAUCGACGACUUCGGCACCUCGCUCGCUCGCCGCUGCGCGGACUGGAUCGCUAUUUGCAUCGCGGCGAUCCUCCAACCUCUUCGCAACGCGCUCGCCUCCUUCAGCCCGUUCGCGAAGAUCAUGAACGGCUUGACCAUCCCGUGGGACUCGAACGGGAAGGUGUUCGUGACAACGAAGGACGGCAAGUGGAUGUCUCUGAUCGUCCUCUCGCCAUCUGAAUACGUUCUGGUUGAGGGCUCGCCCAACGACGAGGAGCCUGAACCUGAGCCCACUGAGGCCGAGGAAGCAGGGCCUGCACGGCGCAUCUCCACUUCUGGAGCCCGUGACAGCCGCCGCGGCCAGAAGAAGGCCAAGAGGAAUGCAAAGGCCAACGCAAAGGCCAAGGCGAAGGGCUGGGCGUGAGCUUCAGCUCAGCCCCGCCUCGCAUCGUCGCUCUCCCCAAACUAUUGUAUCAAUAUCUCGGUCUCGUCCCUUGUAGCGUUACGAUUUCUCUUCGUAUGAUCUCUCUUUACCUCUUUCCUUGUACUAUACUGGGUUGGGUUCCGGUGGCCGGCGAACCUCAGAGCACCGAUGCCCCCGUGUGUUCUUGAGGUUCGUCGAUCAUCGGGGCGGGUCAGGCGAACGGAGGGGCAUUCCGCGAGUCUGGCUUGCAAUCCCUUCCCCUUUUCCUUUCUUCCUUUAUCUAUCCAUUGGUCUCGUAUGCGUUCCUGGGUCUCAUUCAUCUCAUCUCUGGGUUUCGGUCUUGCAUAGCGGUUUGGACGUCUGACUCGUUGGACUUGGCAGACUGUUCAUUGUCACGGACUUGGGUUUGUAGCAUGGUCACGUAUUUAUACGAUAUUUAUU